AUGGGUGAGAUCAAUAAAAAUGAUGUGGAGAAAUAUCUGGAGAACAACCCACAAUUUGCCAAGGAGUAUUUUGACCGAAAGCUGCGAGCAGAAGCAUUGGGAAACAUCUUCAAAGUCAACCCUGGGGAUGUGAAAGAUGGAAUCUCCUUCAAGGAGAUGACUAAACUGGAGGAAUCUCACUUGCUUUUUGAGUUGCUGAUGGAAAUCCAGGAUGAAACAGUCAGCCUGGAAAGGACAGUUCACAAAGUGCUGAAACGGCUGGCACAGUUGCUGGAAGCUGAUCGGUGUAGCCUGUUUAUUUACCGUUCCCGCAAUGGUUCGCCAGAGGUGGCCACCCGCCUCCUAAACGUCACCCCUACCUCCACAUAUGAAAGCUGUCUGAUACCCCCUGAAAGAGAAAUUUUUUUCCCUCUGGACAUGGGAAUAGUGGGGUGGGCUGCUCAUACAAAGAAGUUCUAUAAUAUACCAAAUGUUAAAAAGAAUGAUCAUUUUUGUGACUUUGUUGAUCAGCAAACAGGCUAUACAACUGUCAAUAUGCUGGCAACUGCAGUUACACAAGGCAAGGAAGUCCUUGCUGUGAUUAUGGCAGUUAACAAGAAAAAUGCUCCUGAAUUUUCUAAAGCAGAUGAAGAGGUUUUUAAGAAAUAUAUUAAUUUUAUUUCAAUUCCUUUAAAACAAUACCACACUACAUACCUGUACAAUAUUGAAUCCAGAAAAAGUCAGAUGCUCUUGUGGUCUGCCAACAAAGUGUUUGAAGAGCUUACAGAUAUUGAGCGACAGUUUCACAAAGCAUUGUACACUAUUCGAAUGUAUUUGAACUGUGAAAGAUACUCUGUUGGUCUUCUCGACAUGACCAAAGAGAAGGAGUUUUAUGAUGAAUGGCCAAUCAAACUGGGAGAAGUAGAGCCGUAUAAAGGACCAAAAACACCUGAUGGUCGAGAAGUCAACUUUUAUAAGAUAAUUGAUUAUAUUUUACAUGGAAAAGAAGAAAUCAAAGUCAUUCCAUCACCCCCUGCUGACCACUGGUGUCUUGUUAGUGGGUUGCCAACUUACGUUGCUGAAAAUGGAUUUAUUUGUAAUAUGAUGAAUGCACCUGCAGAUGAAUACUUCAAUUUUCAGAAAGAAGCUUUUGAUGAGACAGGUUGGCUUAUCAAAAAUGUCCUGUCUUUACCUAUUGUCAACAAAAAGGAAGAAAUUGUUGGUGUAGCUACAUUUUACAACAGGAAAGAUGGCAAACCCUUUGAUGAAUAUGAUGAACAGAUUACUGAAAUGUUAACACAGUUCCUUGGAUGGUCUGUUUUAAACACUGACACAUAUGAUAAAAUGAAUAAGCUUGAAAACAGGAAAGAAAUCGCUCAGGAAAUGCUGAUGUACCAGACAAAGGCCACGCCUGAUGAAGUUGAGUCCAUACUGCAAUACCGGGACAAAUUGGAACAAGAAUGCAUUGAAGACUGCGAAGAGAGAGAUCUUAUCAAAAUUUUGAAGGAGGAAUUGCCUGAUCCAAAGGAAGUGGACCUUUAUGAAUUUAGGUUCAGUGACUUUCCUGUUGAUGAAUAUGACUUGAUCAAAUGUGGAAUACGGCUAUUCUUUGAGUUAAAUGUUGUGGAAAAGUUCAAAGUACCAGCAGAGGUUCUUACAAGGUGGAUGUAUACAGUCAGAAAAGGCUAUCGUGAUAUCACUUACCACAACUGGCGGCAUGGAUUCAAUGUCGGGCAAACCAUGUUCACUCUUCUGAUGACAGGUAAAAUAAAGAAAUAUUAUAGUGACUUGGAAGCCUUUGCUAUGGUCGCUGCAGCUUUCUGCCAUGACAUCGAUCACAGAGGCACCAACAACCUGUAUCAAAUGAAAUCAUCAUCUCCAUUGGCAAAACUUCAUGGCUCUUCCAUUUUAGAAAGACACCAUCUGGAGUACAGUAAAACGUUGCUUCAGGAUGAGACUUUAAACAUCUUCCAGAAUUUAAAUAAGCGGCAGCAUGAAGUGGUUUUACAUUUAUUUGAAGUUGCAAUCAUAGCAACUGACUUGGCAUUGUAUUUCAAGAAAAGGACUAUGUUUCAAAAGAUAGUGGAUGCUAUAGAAAAAAUGGAGAAGGAAGAGGAUGCAAUUAGAUAUAUAACUAUGGAUCCAAUCAAAAAAGAAGUAAUCAUGGCUAUGAUGAUGACUGGCUGUGACCUGUCUGCUAUCACCAAACCCUGGGAGGUGCAAAGUGAGGUUGCCAUCAUGGUUGCAAAUGAAUUCUGGGAGCAAGGUGAUCUUGAACGAACUGUCCUACAGCAACAACCAAUUCCUAUGAUGGACAGGAAUAAAGCUGAUGAACUGCCUAAACUACAAGUUGGUUUCAUUGAUUUUGUGUGUACCUUUGUAUACAAGGAAUUUUCUAGGUUCCACAAGGAAAUUACACCUAUGCUUAGUGGUCUUCUAAAUAACCGAGUGCAGUGGAAAGCACGGGCUGAGGUUUAUGAACAAAAGUUGAAAGCUCUCGAGGAAGAAAAGAAAAAGAAAGAAGAAGCAGCAGCAGCCAAGAGAGGAGGUGGUGGUGGUGGAGGAGGAGGAGGAGAAGAUGACGGCAAAUCAAAAACAUGUACAAUUUUAUAAUUAAAUUUCAAUGGUGAUGUUUCAAGGACUAUAUUUCUGCUACAGCGGAAGAAAUCUAGGAAGACCUUCAGUGAGCCCCAGAGGAUUUCUGUAAAACAUAAAGUAGCAUAGACUAUUCAGUCCUUACACAUCUGCCAUUACCAAUGAAACAAAAAGAGGUAAAAUCCAAUGAAAACUGAAAAAUCAUGAGGGAUGAACAUAAUCAGAGAUUUUACGAAAUAAAUGGUUUAUGGGUUCAUUCCUUGGUUAUUGGUUUCUAUCAUUCAUGCUUUACAGAGAGCGUUUUUUUAUUUAAUGUAUUUAAACUGCAAAUUGUCAGGAAUCUAUGGUUUUUACAAUAGCCCUCUACAGGUGACAUUACAUAUAUUGAAAAUAACUUGCACAAAUGAGGAAAGGACAGGAGUGGCUGGCUCCGCCCUGUAAAAUUGUUGGAUCAUGAGCGUGGAAGUCCUGUUCAGACGUUUAAUUUUGGUGUUCCAACUGCACUCAAUGGGAGGACAUAGUAAACUCAGUCCUCCCAGGAUGCAGGGUCACCAUUUUGUGUAAAUGGCAGGCAUAUAUUUACGCCCCAUGUUAUGUCCAGUUUAGGUACGUGCAAGUGUGUUUUCCUCAGAAAUCUAGGGUUCCAUCAGCACAUAUACUGAAGCCGUGUGCCUGUGGAAAAUAUGGGCACUGACCCAUUCAUACAAAAUAGUGACCAUGCUUAUUGGAAGGAUUGUGCAUAGUAGCUGUUACACAGUCUGAAAGUCUACAUGCAAAGGCUCUAUGUGAUCAAAAACAUUAUUUAAAAAAUCCUGGUCAUCAAGAUGGAUUCUGUAUGCAUGUACUUCGUAUGUGUGUAGGCUCCAUGUGCUCACAAAUUGGUGAUUGUGGCAGGCAGGGCGCAGAGCCAACAUGCUUGUGCGUGGUCCCCCUCUACAUGAGUUAAUUUCAGUGUAUGUAAUGCCAUGUGUAGAAGCUUUUAUCUUCAGUCAUAUUAUACACUCUGUGUUGUACACA